AUGUGUCUCCCCCCUCUUUCUCUUGGGUUGCUGACUCCUCCUGGGGUUUUCUCUUGUCAUUGGCGUUUUGAUUGGAAGCCGUGGCAUCCCUGCCCACGGGAUCGUUUGUUGAUUCGACUUACACCACAUCAUCUCAUCUCGAUCAAGACCCGUCUAGAACGCAGCCAACACAAGGCCCGAGCUGGGUCAACCAGUGCUACUGCGUGCCAGCAGUCGGCCAUUUGUCAGGGCCGUGCCGUGGCCUCGGACUGUCCGAAGCGAAGAGUUGUUGGCGGUGAUUUCUUCUUUCUUGCCAUGUGCGCCGCGUAUGCUCGGUACCAAGCCCGAGUUUCGAAAAAUGACGGAAGCCAACGACUACUAAGUGUGUCCUUCAUGUACAAGUUUACUAGAGCACAGAGCAGGGACUGGCACUUUGCUGGCAGUAUCCUUCCGACUACGCACGAAGCCACGACAUGGGCCAUUCUAGUGAGACAUGAUACAAGGAGACGAUGGAAACCGCUCAGCAGCUUUUGGUAG